AUGGCACAUCGUUUUCAGUACGGAGAUUGGGUUUCCAUCAUUGUCCGCUCUGUUCUGGAGACGGCGAAGACGGAAAACCCUGAGCCUCCGGUAAGAUUGGUUGCUCUUGUAGGGAAAGGAGAAGUAAGCCCACUCAAAUCCACCUCCUGGGUCGAAGUUAUGCUCCUACCACACUGGAAGACGCUUGAAGGAAAGUUGGUGUGGACAAGGAGAAAAUACUCGGUUAAGAGAGGAAAGAUUCCUGCAACGUUCCGCUUCAGUGUAUUGGACAAUGGUGUGGUGUCAAACAUGUUUUGGACAAUUGUGGAUGUGUCUGAUGAUCUAAGUUGGGGGAUGUUCCAUUACAAUGGAACAGCUUGUGUAGCAGGGCAGUCUUACACCGGGGCUGUGCUCGUGACACCAGAUGGUUCGUACCCUGUAGAGAAGGAAAGGGAGAGAUUGCAGUCUGCAUUGGAGAAAUGUGGAUUAAGGAGUGGGAACUCUUUGCUGUUGAUAAUUGUUCUUGCGAAAAUCCACUAUUGGGAAUUCCACAAGGAACUAGGCUACAUUCAAGAAUCAGCAUCAAGGAACCAUACUCGAUUCUUCGCAUAG